AAGCAUUCUUUGACAAAUGGGAGCUGAGCAGAGCGUACCUGCUGGAGUUGAGGUACAGCCGGCCACAGCUCCUGCCCAGUCCGAAGUCGGUGCUGGCAAUGGGGCCAACGCAACGCAGCAGGCAACCUCCAAUCCAUCAGCUCUAGUUCUGAUUGGCCCGUCGGGCGUUGGUAAAGGAACUUUGGCGAAGCGGCUUACUCAAGACUCUGAGCAAUAUGGCUUCAGCGUGAGCCAUACAACGCGUUCUCCUCGGCCGAACGAGCAGCAUGGCGUGCAUUAUUUCUUCACCACGAAAGAACAAUUUGCCAAGGACGUUGGUGAGGGCAAGUUUUUGGAAUACGCGGAGGUACAUGGUAACAUGUACGGCACUAGCAUUAGCGCAGUACAGUCUGUGCUCGAGUCCGGCCGCGUCUGCAUCCUGGACAUUGACGUUCAGGGUGCCCGUGCUAUGCGGAGGAGCGGGUUAAAGGGCAUUUACGUAUUUAUUGCGCCACCAUCUCUAGAAGACUUGGCGAACCGGCUAGCAGGGCGGGGCACUGAAAGCGUCGAGCAGAUCACUCGGCGCCUAAACAAUGCCAAGAUGGAAAUCGAAAGCAUCAACGAGAAGGGCUUGUACGACUACUUGCUCAUUAACGAUGACCUUGAGGAGGCCGUCAAGCGCCUGAAGGCCAUUGCUGAGCGCGCUGCGGCAGGGCUGGAACCCGAGCCUGGCAUGGUGCCCGAGAGGGUCGUGCUCGAAGACGCCCCUUUACCUGACAUCCAGGCUUUGACGGAGCAGCAAGCAGCAGCAAGCGACACGGUUCCCGCCCCACCCCAGGAGCUGCCGACGGAGCCCGCCCCUGAGGAGCCCGCCCCAGAGGCCGCUCCUGCUCAGGAUGCACCUGCUCCUCAGGAGCCACCAGCAGCGCCUUCCAUGCCGGCUGCAGUUGCCGCCCCGCAGGCUCCGGUGGCUGACGGGCCUGCCACGUCAGCAGCAGCAGCGCCGCCGCCGCCUCAGCAGCAGCAGCAGCCACAAGGGCAGCUCCCUAUGGACGGAGUCCCGCCGGGCUUUGAGAAGUGGCACGGCAAGGUUGCGCUGGUGACGGGCGCGUCCUCUGGCAUCGGCUGGGCGACGUGUGAGGCAUUGGCGCUUGCGGGCAUGCGUGUGGUGGCUGUGGCUCGGCGCAAGGACCGUCUGGAGGAGCUGCAGCGGCACAUGCACGCGCUGGGGAUCCCGCUGGUGAACUUCCUGCCGGUGGUGUGCGACAUCACCAAGGAGGCGGAGGUGGCGACGCUGCCCAAGAUUGUGGCCAAGCGCUGGCCGGAGUGCGGAGUGGAUGUGCUGGUUAACAACGCUGGCAUGAGCCGCAACGACGCCUCACUCUUUGACGGCAACAUCGGCAGCUGGGUUGAGAUGCUGAGCACCAACGUGCUGGGCACCUGCAUGAUGACGCGCGCUGUCGUACAGGACAUGAGGCGUCGCAACAGCUACGGCCACAUCAUCAACAUGAUUGGCCUCAGCGGCCACCGCAUCCCGGACGGGCCGCAGGGCGGCGGCUUCUACUGCGCCACCAAGGCAGCCGUCAAGACGAUCACGGAGGGCCUGCGACAGGAGGCUCGCGGUGAGCGCCUGCCGCUGCGUGUGUCCGGCAUCUCCCCGGGCAUCGUGGAGACGGAGUUCUUUGCCGUACGGGCGUUUGGCGACCCGGAGGCGGCGCGCAAGGCCACCUCCCAGUUCAAGUGCUUGCAGCCGGUGGAUGUGGCGGAUGCGGUGAUGUGGUGCCUGAGCUGCCCCGAGCACAUGGAGGUGAACGACAUCGUGGUGCGCCCCACCGAGCAGCUGAUCUGAGGGGUGGGAUUGGAGGAAAGCCGUGGCGCAUGGGAGACCCGUGGGUCGGGAGGGGUGAAGGCGGUGAUGAAGCUGUCCUUUGUGGGUCAUGUGGGUCGAAGGUGCGUACGCUCCGUCCCAUGAAAUUAAUAGUGUUCGGCAAGCGGUGCAUGGCGUGCAUGGGUGUAUGGGUGGUAUUGGGCACAGUAGGGUGCACGGUGUAUGAGGGAGCAAAUGCAUUUCUGCGCUGGAUUACGUUGCGUGUUUUACUAAAAUGUUAGGGGUUUGGGGAGGAGGGGCGCGAAGCCCAACUGGUACCCUGUAUUAGCUAACGACAUCUGCAAAGACGUCUUGCCCUGGUGCAGUGCAGGUGCCCUACCGCGUACUGCAGACCUGUACAUCUUUGCAUAGUUCUGCCUUGAGGUUCUGUACUCACUGUAUCCUGGGACAACAAAAUAAUGCAGAAACACGACAGAACGGCGGAAUGGCCGGCAUCUGUAAUGAUGCAUUAUCA